UGUCUUCCCCUACCUAUCUUCCCACCGCAGGAUCGAGACAAUUCGCAUCUUAUUUUAGAGAAUGGCCCUUCUUUGCUAAGGGCCCACUCACAUGCUAGUGGGAGUUUCAUGCAUAAAUACACAAGAGUUUCCUCUGCGGAUGUACGCUAUCUGUAGCUAUGGAUUUGCACUUCCAAUUGCUAGCUAUUUGCUGCGUUUUAGCGGCGCUUUUGUUCUACAAAACAUACAUAGCACGUACAAGUAGGCUUGAGGGCAAGAGCAAGAAAGCACCCGAACCAAGUGGUGCGUGGCCUUUGUUGGGCCACCUCCAUCUACUCCAUGGACGUGAUCCACUUAUUCGAACACUUGGAUCAAUGGCCGAUAAGUACGGCCCAGCUUUCAUCCUACGGCUAGGUAUGCGUCGUGCACUUUUUGUAAGUAGCUGGGAGCUAGCAAAAGAGUGCUUCACCACCAAUGACCUGGUCCUCGCCACCCGUCCCCGAUCAAUGGCUGGAAAGUACAUAGGCUACGACUACGCCAUGGUCGGGUUCAUACCUUACGGCCCCUACUGGCGUCAAAUACGGAAGAUCCUCACCGUUGAGCUCCUAUCCAACCGUCGGCUCGAGUUGCUGAAGAACAUCCGUUACUCGGAGAUUGACAUGGGUGUAAAAGGGUUGCACCGAAAAUUAGAGGAGCGUGGUGGGGGACCGGUUGUAGUCGAGAUGAAGCGAUGGUUUGGGGACCUGACUUUCAACAUGUUGACCAUGAUCGUGUCUGGGAAGCGAUAUUUCGGUAGUAACGGUAUAAGCGAUGAGGUCGAGGCGAGGCGGUUCCAACAUGCGAUGGAUCAAAUAGCUUAUCUAGCUGGUGUGUUUGUGGUAUCUGAUGCACUUCCUUUUCUCAAGUGGAUGGAUGUGUGGGGCCACGAGACUGCCAUGAAAAAAGUCGCUGAGGAAAUGAACAGUCUAAUCUCAAGCUGGCUGCACGAUCAUAGGCUAAAGAGGCAGUCUGGCAAGAUCGAUGGUGGCGAUCGUAACUUCAUCGACGUGAUGCUGUCCAUCCUGGAGGAGGAACCGCUCCCUGACCAUGAUAAUGAUACCGUAAUCAAGGCCACUUCCGUGGCUCUCGUGAUAGCUGGCUCAGAAACGACAGCCAUCACUCUAACAUGGGCCAUCUCCUUGCUGCUGAAUAAUCGCCAUGUAAUAAAAAGGGCUCAAGAUGAGUUGGAUGAACAGGUAGGCAGGGACCGACUCGUGGUUGAGUCGGAUAUCAAAAACUUAGUAUACCUCCAGGCUAUCAUCAAAGAAACAAUGCGCCUAUAUCCUGCCGCACCACUUUUGCUACCACACGAGGCUGCGAAAGACUGCCACGUGGGAGGCUUCCAUGUCCCAGCUGGCACUCAAGUAUUCUUUAACGUCUGGAAGAUCCAUCAGGACCCACGGGUAUGGUUGGACCCAUCUGAGUUUCGACCUGAGAGGUUUAUAACCAGCCACGUGGACGUAGAUGUGAGGGGCCAACAAUUCGAGUACCUCCCAUUUGGGUCGGGCAGGCGGGCCUGUCCGGGUAUCACAUUUGCCAUGCAAGUCAUGCACCUGACACUCGCUCGUUUGCUUCAUGCCUUUCACCUGGACACACCCAAUGGCCAGCCUGUGGACAUGACUGAAGGAUUGGGUUUAACUAUCCCUAAAUCAACGCAGUUGGAAGUCCUGUGGACCCCACGCCUUCCUUCUCAUCUUUAUAAGUAGCACGAAUACUAUGAUACGAGGGUGUAAUAUGUGCCAUUGAAAAAAUGUAUUGGAAAUACUGGAAAUAAAAAUAAAAUAAAGUUAAUUAUUUUUGUUUCA